AGAAAAUGUAAUAUUCUUUAUUGUGGAAGCCUUUUCAUUGAUUUGAGAACUUGAUAAAUUGAGAUUUCAGGAAUUAAACUCAUCUUCAGCUUCAAGUUCAAUGCCUUCCUCGGCUACAUCAACCCCAGUCUCAAAACAAAGCAAAGUGAAACAACAAAGAGAAUUUGAUUCAGUUUUUCAAUUCUUUAAUUCACAAGCUAGAAAUAAGUGAUUUCAAUCAUGCAUAUAAAAAAUGUGUGUGCUUGUCUGUCUGAUGGUUCAGGUUUUUAUUUGUUUCUGACAGAGUCCAGUAUUUCCUCAGUGAGUUCAUUGACCAGCUCUGAUUCUGCAAAUUUCCUAGUAGAUGACAAAUCUCUGCAAGAAUUAACUGAUGUGGCAGAAUCCACCUGGUGGUUUAAAUCUUUUUUCCAUUCUGAACCUGUACUUUCAAAUGUGAAAAGUCAAGAUCCAUCUGCUAGUGGGUGAGUUUUGACCUCUUUUGAUGGUGUUUGUUCUUACUUCCCUGGAGGAACAAUGCAGGUGAUGACUUUCAUGGAAAUGUGUGCUGUAAUAUGCACUGCUUCUGUGAUGGUCUGAGGCUUUGGUGUGCUUCCAGCUGCAGGUCUAGGCUCACCCAUUGUAACCAGCUGUCAGUAAGGCUGUGAGCAUGUCUACUGGCCAAGUCAGGUGGUAAUUUGCAUCACUGUUUAGCUAGAGAUGGACUGGGAAUCACCAGCAAGGUUCUGAUUUGUUUUUCCAAAGCUGUUAAGAAAAGCAUUAACUGAAUUUUGACUGCUGUCCUAGAGAGCCUUCAUCUGUGCCCCUGCUGGUUUUGAUUAGCCUCUGCAUGGUACCUAUUACCAGACAGACUGAGUUGAUGAUGGGUCUGCACUAACCUUUCGCUUAUACUUUGAACUUUAACACAUUGAAUAGUGAUGUUAUUACAAUAUUUUUGAAAAGUGCUUGUUUGAUAUUUUAGAAACUAUAAUAUCCCACUACUCAGUGGAACAGAAACAAUAUACAUUGUGAUGUAGGUCAUAGAUUUUGAGGCUAAAACAAUGGUUUGCAGGAAUUUCCUAAAUAAUAUAAAUU